AUGAAAAAAGCAGCUUAUUUUGAGAAAUUAGAAUCAGCUAAAAAUUGGUUAGAUCUUGAAACCAAGACUUUCAGUGAAAAUUGUAAAGUAUAGAUGAAGGAGAUAAUUUCACUUAUCAAACAAUAAUUUAAUGUAAAUUUUUAAAGCAUUUAAUCAUUGGAAUAAAAUAUAAUAGUUAAUGAAUAGUAAUCAGAAACUAGAGAAAUUGAUAGUUUUAUAUAUGAUUAUGAUUAAAAAAGAUUUAUUAGCACAAAAUUUGAAAUAAAUUUAACUAAGAAUAAAGAAGUAAUUUAUAUUAAAGAUGGAUCAAUUUUGAGAGUGUAUUUUUGUUAAUAUAAAUUAAUUUAGUGAUUAACCAAAGAAUUUUUAGUGGGAAAAGGAUGUAAUGAGAAACAUAGAAUAAAUAACAAAUUUAUAAUGGGAAGGGGAUUAUGAUGAAAACAAUAAAAAAAUAGGAAAAUGGACUGCUUCAUUUAAAAAUGUAAAAGAUAUUGGAGGAUAUUACAACGAUGAUGGGAAAAAAUAAGGAAAAUGGAAGGAAAUAUUUUAGAAUUAUUGGAGGUAAAUAUAAAUAUAUUUUGAAUAGUUAAAUUAUUGCAUAUGAAGUUGGAGAGUAUCUUGAUGAUUAAAGAAUAGGAAUUUGGAAGUAUAACUUUUAAGAAAAAGAUAUGUAAUAAAUGUUAUUAAAUUAGGGGUGGUGGUGAAUAUAAUUAAAUUGGAUAAAAAUAAGGUAAAUGGGUAGAGUUAUCAAUUUAUACUUCAUUUGUUUCUUAAGUAACUUAUCAUGGUGAAUAUGGAAUGAAUGGAUAGAAAAAAGGUAAAUGGGAGAUAAAAUAUGAUGGAUAAAAAAUGUAAAUAAUGUUUAACUAAAUUAGUGGUGGUGGAUCUUAUGAAGAAUAAGAAGGAAUAUCAAAAAAGAGUGGAAAAUGGAUUGAGUUUAUAGAUGGAUUUACAGAUAACUAUUAGAUCACUUUUAAUGGUGAAUAUAAUAAAAAAGGGGAAAAAAAAAAUUAAUGGGAAAUUCAAUCUAAAAGAAAGGCAGCCAUUUUUUCAACAUCAAAUUAAAUGUAAGUAAAAUUAUUAAAAAUUUAUUAGUGGAGGAGGAUGGUAUGGUGAUUUAGAAGGAGCUUCAAACAAGAUUGGAAAGUGGAUUGAAAUAAGAGAGGGAGUUAAUGAUAGCACAAAACUAACAUAUAAUGGAGAAUAUUCUAUGAAGGGGUAAAAGAUGGGCAAAUGGGAUAUUUUCUAUAAAGGAAAAUAAAUGUAAAUAAAACUUAUAAAAUAUUUUAGUGGAGGAGGAAAAUAUGAAGAACAAGAAGGUGGUUCAAAAAAGAUUGGGUAGUGGAUUGAUUUAAGGGAUGGCUUUUUUAAUAAGAGUUAAAUAAUUUAUAAAGGAGAAUAUAAUAAUAAAGGAGAGAAAAAAGGUAGAUGGGAUACCCUAUAUUGUUUUGCAGGAGAAAAAGAAUAUUAAAUAAUGUAAUAAUUACGAUUUUAUAUUCUAUUAGAGGUGGAGGAUAAUAUGAUGAAUAAGUAAAUGGUUCAAAAAAAUUUGGUGAAUGGAUUGAUAUUUGGGAAUGCUUUGGGUAAAAUAGGGAAGUCACUUAUUAAGGACAAUAUAACAUGAAGGGUUAGAAAAAAGGUAAAUGGGAUAUUCUAUUUCGAGAACAAAGAGAAAAUGAGGCAAUCAUAAUGUAAUAAAAUAAUAAAAUUGUAAUAGUGGUGGUGGAUAAUAUGAAGAAUAAGAUGGAGGUUCUAGAAAGGUUGGAAUGUGGAUUGAGAUAUCAGAUGAAUUUAGAUCCAAUAACUAAAUAGCGUAUAGUGGUGAAUAUGAUACUACAGGUAAAAAAAUUGGUACAUGGAAUUAAAUUGAGUAAAAGGCGAAUCUUUUUGGUAGUAAAAGAUUAAGUAAAAUAACGAAAUGA